AUGACAGACGCGGAUUCCUUCUACGAUAAAUUACUGGCGUCGAUAGGCUUGCCUUCGGACGAGCCUCAUACAUCACUGCCGCAAGACUGCGGUCGGAAAUCACAACAGCGAGAACAGAAAACCACGUCGGAGAUUCAACAGCACCACCGACCCGAGCCACAUCAAAAGCCGGAAAUAAAGAAACACGAGCCAGUACCGAAACAACAACUAGAACCAAGACGCAAUACAAGUAGUAGUAGCAGUAGUAGCGGUGGUUCAACGGCUACACUCUCGCCAAAACUCAAACCCCAACCAAAACCUUCAACUAGUGCUGCUGAGCUGCGCGAGAAACUUUCGAGACAAAUUGAAAGACCUCCUCCUCCUCCUCCCCCUCCUCCUCCACGUCUGCCUCGUAUUUCUCAUCCACAGUCUCCAAUCUCCGUACCGGUACAAUCACCAAUUGGAGGAGAAGCCUUGCCUGUUUCCCCUGCACCGAUAUCCCCCCGAAUCAAAGAGGGUGAGGUCAAGUCUUCUAAGACCCCUGCCGCAUUAGAAGCCGAGUUAAGGCGUAAACUCUUGGAGAGUGGGGUUCGGAAACGGAAAUCCUCACCGCUGGUUGAGGGACAAGCUGCCAUUAAUGGAGAUGUAGCCCCAGAACCGCUUUCGGGUACCGAGUUUAUCAAGUCCCGUCAAGCCGAGUUACGGCGGAAGCUACUCGAAAGGAGUAAUAAUCUCAAACAGAAUUCAUCUGCAGUCAAUAUUCAUAAAAACCCUCCGACACAGGAUCCUGGCCCUACACGUGUAGUCAACCGCUCGUAUUCACCAAUCGAGAUAUCAUCAGAUGAAGACGGUGGUGGGACCCAAACGCAUCCUCCUCCUUCUGUUUCUUCGAAAUCAAAGGUUCUCCCCCCGUUUCUACCUAAAAGACCGCCGCCACGAGAAGGGUUCAAACUUCGUAUAACAGUUCCGCUCCCGACGAACCCAAAUGAAAGUAUUGUAUUGAGGACCGAGAAGCUACCGUUAAGUACUCCAAUAUCUACCAUAUUAGGUUUGUUCGGUGCGGCAAGGGACGGCGAUCAUCUUUACUUCCCGGGGACGAACCCGAAGCCAACAGCUGAAAAGGAAAAUGGUGAAAAACUCCUAGGGGAGGAUGGGCAGAGAUUUUACCGUGAUGGCGAUGAGACAGGAAGGGCUGGUAUAAUAAAGGAGGCAGUUGUCAAAAAGGAGGAUGGUUGGAAUACACGGUCUGCUGGGUCUAGUCUGAAAGGAGCGACCUCCAGUCUGAGAGGCGAUGCAAUUGAUUACGUGCCUGGGGGCUCUUAUAAAGCAGCGAUGGUAGCAGAACCCCAAUGGACGGGUAUCAGUGCUACCCUGGAAGAUGUCUGGACGCGAGGAAGAAAAGCGGUUGAAUGUACUCUCGUAAGAGCUAACAACCCUGUCGAUGAGGAUGAUCAUGGCCUUUCGCAACUCCGGCUCGAGGAUCGGGGGAAUGUCUGGAAUUCUCGGCACCAGCACCGUAAUUCCCGCAGUGAAGAAGAAGGUGAAGGCGAAGGUGAAGGGUGGGGAUAUGGCAAUGAGGGCUAUCCGGAGUCUUCAGAAGGCGCACCCAAUAUGAGCUGGGGACCUGGGUAUCCCAUGGCGCCAGAUCCUAAUGCACAGCCAUGGUACCCAGGACAAACGCAAUAUCAACAUUCGGCUCAGCCGUCACCCGUAUUCUCGCAGCACGAUGAAGGCCAGGGCUCCGCAUUCAUGGGUGGGAGUUUACCGGUCCCACAGGCAAUGCAUUGGGUUCCUGGGCACAUGGAUUAUGCGAAUGCAGGGUGGAUGUAUGGUUUUGGGCCAAACGACAGUCAGCAGAAUGCAGGUAUGAGCUCUGGUGUUGAGCCAGUUGAAGCAACCCCCAACGCAACCAAUGAGGUGAACAAGGUUGUUGCGGACGGGAAGCCUCCGGGGCCUGUUCAAAACCAGCAGCCACAACAACCGAGAGUUCAAGUUGGACCUACGAAGCCAAAACGGCCAAGAGGAGGACGAAUUGUUAAGAAGAAGGAACGACGUAAGGGCGCAGGUGGUGGCAGGGGUGGUGGAGGUGUGAGUGGGGUUAAUUAA